UUGUAGUUUCAAGAUGGCUUCUGAGGAGCUCCCGUCUCAAUUUGAUGUUGUCAUUCUCGGCACAGGACUCACAGAGUCUGUCAUCGCAGCGGCCUGCUCCAGAGUCGGCCAGAGCGUUCUUCAUCUGGACAGGAGAACCUACUAUGCUGGAAACUGGGCUAGCUUCACAUUCAAUGGCCUCCUGUCAUGGAUUGAGGACUACAAGAAUCAGGAGGAAGUUAAUACCACAGAAUCUGAGCAGGCAUGGAGGAGUCUGAUGGAGGAGGGAGAAGAUGUGCUUCCUCUCAGCUCAGUGGACUCAUCCAUCUCUAACAUAGAAGUUUACUGUUAUGCCAGUGAGGAAGAAGAGAAAGUAGAAGAAACACAGCCAUCGGCCACAAGCAGUGAUGCUGUAUCAGAAGAGACCAAUGAAGCCUCUACUGAAGCUCAAGACACGGCUAUCACUGACGGUAGCACAGAAACUGUGAAGACGCAGAACGCUGAGGAUGAAAUGUCUGAACCAAUACAAGAGCAGCAUGAGAUUUCAGACGCCAGCCAAUCACAAGAGGAGAAAGAGCAGCCGCCAAUCAGCAGCCCAGCAGAUCCACCUGCGGAGGUGAAAAAGAAGAUAACAUAUCAAACACUGUUAAAAGAGGGACGCAGAUUUAACAUCGACCUGGUCUCCAAGUUGAUGUAUUCACGUGGCGCGCUGGUGGAUCUGCUUAUCAAAUCUAAUGUGAGCCGCUACGCAGAGUUCAAGAACAUCGGCCGCAUCCUCACUUGUAGAAAUGAAAAAGUGGAACAGGUCCCGUGUUCACGGGCUGAUGUGUUUGCCAGUAAACAGCUCACUGUGGUGGAGAAACGCAUGCUGAUGAAGUUUCUUACCUUCUGUCUGGACUUUGAGCAGCACCCAGAGGAGUACCAGGACCACUCAGAGAAACCAUUUCGGGACUUCCUGAAGACCAAGAAGCUGACGGAGAAUCUGCAGGACUUUGUCCUCCACUCAAUCGCUAUUGUGCCGCAGGAGACCCUUACAGACGUGGGAUUAAAGGCCACGCAGCACUUCCUGCGAUGCUUGGGUCGUUACGGCAACACUCCCUUCCUGUUCCCACUGUACGGCCUAGGAGAGAUCCCACAGUGCUUUUGCAGAAUGUGUGCCGUGUUCGGAGGAAUUUACUGUCUGCGACACUCCGUGCAGUGCCUGGUUGUGGACAAAGCAUCGGACAAAGUUAAGGCCGUGAUUGAUACACGCGGUCAGAGGAUCAGCUGCAGUCAUUUUGUGCUGGAAGAUUCGUACAUCAGAGAUGAACAGAGACGCAGCACGGCACACGGGCAGAUAUCUCGAGCAGUUCUCAUCACAGACAGAUCGGUGCUGACCUCAGAAUCAGAUCAGCAGAUCUCAUUGGUGACGGUUCCUCCUCUGGAUUCCACUUCACCAGCUGUGAGAAUGGUGGAGCUGUGUUCUUCAUCCAUGACCUGCAUGCCCGGCACAUAUUUGGUCCACCUGAACUGCUCGUCUUUAAAUUCAGCCCAGGAAGAUCUCUCUCCCGUUGUGUCUCGACUGUUCCACGUUCCCAGCGUUCCCGGAGAGGAACCGUCAGAAGAUACGGAGGAGAGCAUCAAGCCCUCGGUGCUGUGGGUCAUGUACUUCAACAUGAGGGACACGUCUGACCUGGACGACAGCAGCUACAGUCUGCCGAGCAAUGUUCACGUGUGCACCGGUCCUGACAGCAGUUUGGGCAGUGACUACUCCAUCAAACUGGCCGAGUCUGUGUUUCAUCAGAUCCUGCCUGACGAAGAAUUCUGUCCUCCCGCUCCCAACCCCGAGGACAUCAUCUACGACGGCGAAGGCCCGCAGGCCGAGGGCGCAGGCUUUGACCAGACUAAUAAUACAGAAGCAGAUAAAAACCAGGCAGAGGAAGAAAGUGCCGCCGUGGAAACGGACAGCUCUGAUCCCGCAGAGAAGAUCGACAGUGUUGCCCAGGAAACUCCCCUGGAAAGCGCUCAGACCCCACCCUCUGAGGAAUAGCCCCUUCACACACCAUUCCUCUCAUCUUCGUAAUUACGCCUUCUCCCAAUGCCCAUGGAGGAGAACAUAUGGUUUCCCCAAAAACACUGUCAUUAUAUCCUGCUUUAAAUCUGUGUCUGCACCGAGCGGGCCAACACGCUGCAGUGCCCAAGAUUGAGUAUAAAUAUGUUCCCGUGUCCAUUACCACUGAAACGACUGUGCCUUUCGUCCGCAUCAGCUGAAUCUUUCUCAUUUUUGUUUGUUGUGUUUAUUGUAAACGGAUUACUUUUUAUAAAACUGGAUGUUCUCCUUUUCUCCGUUAUUGUGUACAUAUGUGUUCACAACUUUGCAUGGUGCCUUUCAUAAGACUGGGUUACUGAAGCUGAAUGAUUUUCAUCAGAUGGAAAGAUACAUUUGAAGCAAGACUAACACAUUCUCACACGCAUUUCAUAUCUGAAUGAUGUAAACAAAAAGUCCCACUUAUCAAGUUCUCUGUAUCAUAUCUCUACACAUUUCAAAACUGCGUCUUGCUAUAUUUGUAUCAUCCAAAAAUGCUUGCUGGGAUUAAAUAUUUAUUUGAAGUAAA